AUGACUUUACAACAUGGUUUGCAACAGCACACCGUUUUACGAACACAACAGCAUGGACCACAGCAACAAUCACAGCAAGGGUCGCAGCAAGAGCAACAACAAGGAUCACAGCAAGAACAACAACAAGGAUCACAACAGCAUGGGUCACAACAUGAACCACAACCGCAGCCGCAGCCACAGCCACAACCACAACCACAACCACAACCACAACCACAACAUGAUGAACGACAACAGCCUGGCAUAUUAAUAGUAAUAAUGUAG